AUGCUCUGCUAUGCAGAUAUAAUCAUCAAAGUCAAAUAUGUUAAACGAAAUGAAAAAGAUGAUGCAAAAGUAUUUACAAUAUGGGCUAUUGGAACAUAUCCAACAGGACAUGAAAACAAUGAAAUUGAAAUGAUUUUGUUUUUAUCUGUCAAUCCUAAUGAUCAAGACCCUGAAUCACAAGCAAUCUUCAAAAAAAAUGAAUAUUAUUCUGUUAGAAGAAAAAUUAUGCCUGGAUCCUAUGCAGGACAAAUUAGACCAAAAGUAUCUAAACAUUAUAAAAAAAAAUUCAAUGUUGACCUAUUACCCAUUGACUAA